AUGCCGCUAAUAAGUACUGUUUGGAAAGAUUUUACAAAAAUUAAUAACAACUUGUCCAUGUGUAAUAUUUGCCGAAAACGGCUUAAAACAUCUGGAAAUACAUCCAAUUUACGUAGCCAUUUGAAAACGCACAAUAAGUUGAUAGAUUCCGAAAAUACCCAAGAUGAAGACGCCCCAAUUAAUGUUGACGCGGUUUCCAUAACUGAAUCUCAUAGUGUUGCAACUGCCAGUACUUUUGAAGCUGCUUCUACUUCUGCUGGAACGAAAACAACUACCUUAGAAUCAAUUAAACGACAACAGUCUAUAUCGCAAGCUUUUACAAAAGUGGCUUCAUUUUUAGAUGGUGGGUCACAACACUCUAUAUGUACUGAAGCUAUAGUUUAUUAUAUUUGCAAAGAUAAUCAGCCAUUUAGUACAGUCGAUGGUAAAGGGUUUCGAUAUAUGCUGUCACGAAUUUGCCCACUUUAUAAAAUACCAACUAGGAAUACAAUUAAAAAGUAUAUUGAUGAUAAAUUUGAUUAUCUUUCAAUACGUUUUAAAGAAAAAAUUGAAAAUGCAGAAAAUAUAUCCGUUACAACUGAUGCUUGGACCGAUACUUAUACGAUGAAAAGUUUUUUAGGAAUCACAAUUCACUUCUUGAAUGGUUCGACUUUUUUGUCAGGUACACUUGGUGUAGUAGAAUUGACCCAAUCUCAUACUGCUGACUAUAUAGGAAGUCAACUUCUAAAUACAUUGACUGAGUGGAAUAUUCAUAAAAAAAAUGUUGCAGCUGUCGUUACUGAUAAUGGGGCCAAUAUGAUCAAAGAAUUCAAACAAUUAUUGCACAAAGUUAGAGAAGUAGUGAAGUACUUUAAACGAAGUACUUCAGCUUCUGAUGAAUUGAGAAAAUUGCAAAUAAAUGAAGGAAAAAAGGAAGGGAAUGUCCAUAAACUUAUUCUAGAUGUGAAGACAAGAUGGAACAGCACCUUUUAUAUGAUUGAUAGAUUUUUAGUAUUGUCUAAACUCGUUUCCGAUGUCCUUCUACAAAAACCAUUAGGUCCUGAAAUGCUCACAGCAAGAGAGCUACAACAAUUGCGUGAAACGAUAAAAUUACUACGGCCAUUUGAGAAUGUUACUCUAGAAAUAUCCGGUGAAAAAUAUGUUGUUAUCAGUAAAAUUAUGCCCCUUUUGAAUUGUGUUACCAUUGAGAUAGAGUCAAUACAACCUAACUUAGAUAUUGGAAUUGAACUAAAAAGAAACAUUAUCGCAGAAUUGAAAAAACGGUUUGGUAAAAUUGAAUUUUUAUAUAUGAUUCCUAUAGCUACAAUUUUAGACCCUAGGUUUAAAAAUUUGCACUUCAGAGAUCCUGUAGCCUGUCAAAAAGCCAUAGCAGAGGUAAAAAAGUUAGCAAAAAAUUCAGUACAGGACACAAGUUCAACUGAAUGUUCAAGUAUGGACGAAGAACAGAAAACUGAUAAUUUUGAUUUAUGGGAACACCACAAAACAUUGGUACAUAAGAAAUAUAAGAAGAAACAAACAAGAACAGAUUCAGCCAAAACGACCAAUGUAAAUGCCUACCUAUCGCAGCCUUUAAUAUCUCUAAAAGAAGAUACAAUCCAAUGCUGGGAAGAAAUGAAAACAGUAUAUCCGGAUUUAUAUAUACUUGCUCGGAAAUAUUUGUCUGUCAUGGAUUCAUUUGUUCCUUCAGAAAGAUUAUUUUCGAAGGCCAGUCUAACGCUUUCAAAGUCAAGGAAUAGACUUUUAGGAAAGAGAUUGAGUAAAUUACUAUUUUUAAAUUUAGUUGAUGAUGAUCUUUGGUUCCAUACUUCAUAA